GAGAGAUAAUGACUGGACAAUAAUACUAAUAACAAUAACAACUUGGCUGCUGCAACUACUAUAGCAAGAAGUCAGCUCAGAAUCUCAAGACUGGAGAAACCAGGUCCCUUGACACAGGAGCACCAGCAACUACCCGACAGAGAGAGGAGCAACUGCGACAUCACUAGAGAUAAUGUAUUCCAUUUUUAUUGCGCUGAUGAACUGUGGACAGUAACAUGAGGAACCUCUCCCGAAGAAGGGACAAGAUCAAACUUUGAGAGGAUCUGACUUUGCAGAACUACCCAUCCCAGACCGACUGACUUGGGGUUAGUUGCUUUUCUUUCAACAACCUGUUUUCCCACGUGGAGCAACCAGAGUGAAAGCCGUGAGGAAGGACACGGUGCAUCUCCCUGAGAAAGGAAUCUCAGAGGGGUGGAAGAAAGAGAGAGACCUCCCUGCCCCUAAGUAACCUACUCUCCAGGCGGCUAAGAGUGGGGGGGGGGUAUCCUGUUCUCCAGGGACCUGUCCAAGUGGGAAGAGCCCUCCCCACUUCCAAGCAAACCCCCCCGGCCCCUGUUCUUUGCUCCUUGCUAGGGCUGAAGGGGGAGGCAACCCCUAGCCUGCGCUGCUCGCCAAGAAGGAAACCGUUGGCGCUGUCCAGGGAGAGAAACAAGCGCCCCCCACACACACACUGUUCCCGACGGGGAAGGAGCCCCCCCCCCAAACAGCCAGCCCAGCUCCUAGGGCUGCCCUAGAGCCGCCCCCAGCCCCAGCCUGGCGGCGGGGGGAGAAGAGGCCGGGGCAGGGUGAGGCAGCAGCCGCGCCAUGAAGCUGGAGGUCUUCGCCCCGCGCUACGAGGACAAGCUGGGCGGCAGCGACCAGGAGGGCAGCGGGGCCCCGUCCCCCGCGCCGGGCGACAGCGAGCUGGGCUCGGACGGGGACUGCGCCGCCCACAGCCCGGGCAGCGAGGGGGCGGGGGGCGCGGGGCCGGCGGGCGCGGAGGGCGGCAAGGGGAAGCCGUACACGCGGCGGCCCAAGCCGCCCUACUCCUACAUCGCGCUCAUCGCCAUGGCCAUCCGGGACUCAGCCGGCGGCCGCCUCACGCUGGCCGAGAUCAACGACUACCUGAUGGGCCGCUUCCCCUUCUUCCGCGGCGCCUACACGGGCUGGCGCAACUCGGUGCGGCACAACCUGUCGCUCAACGACUGCUUCGUCAAGGUGCUGCGCGACCCGGCGCGGCCCUGGGGCAAGGACAACUACUGGAUGCUCAACCCCAGCAGCGAGUACACCUUCGCCGACGGGGUCUUCCGCCGCCGCCGCAAGCGCCUCAGCCGCGCCCCGCCGCCGCCGCCUCCCGCGCGCCCGGCACCGGCCGCCCCUGCUGCUGCUGCUGCUCCUCCGCCCCGUGCAGCUGCGCCGCGGGCCCCGCCGAGGAAGGGCGAGCGGGCGCCGCCGGCCAGGCCGGGCUCCAAGUUCUCCAGCUCCUUCGCCAUCGAGAGCAUCCUGAGCCGUGUUCGAGUGCUGAUGUUCAUUCCUUCAGAAGGACUGGCCCUUGAAAGAUAA